GAUAGGGCUGCAGGCAUCACAUUACACCCUGUGUGCUAUGUGAUACUGCAGUGUACCUGUAUGUGUGUUUUUGUGUGUGUGUGUGAAUGAUAGCCCCCGGGUCCUGUUCCAGAGCAGCGAUCACACACAGAGAGACAGUGACAGAGACGAACUGCAACUAACAGCUAGUGAAGCAUUCAGAGCUUCUGACAGGAUGUAAGAUUUUCGAGAAUUUUCUGUGGUUCUCGGCUCGCUCAGCCUCAGCAGGGGAAAAUGGAGAUCAGAAUAGAGUGACACUCUGGAUUUGGACCCGGGCUGUCUCAGCGAGUGCUUUGCUGAAUAAUUGAUCCCCCGCCUUGUGACUGGUUGAAAAUGAGGAAGGCAGCGCUGAUGGUUUGGAUUAGCCUUUUGGUACAAGUGUCCCACGGCGCCCAGGGUCAUUAUGCCCGCAAACUUCUGAAUGACUUGAUGGAGGACUACUCCAAUGCUCUGAGACCUGUGGAGGACACUGACAGAGCCCUCAAUGUGUCGCUGCAGAUCACACUGUCACAGAUCAAAGAUAUGGAUGAGAGGAACCAGGUUCUAACCACGUACCUGUGGAUCAGGCAGGUCUGGCAUGAUGCCUAUCUUAAGUGGGAGAAGGAGGACUAUGACGACCUAGAGAUGAUCAACAUCCCCAGCGACCUGGUUUGGAAGCCGGACAUUGUCCUCUACAACAAAGCAGAUGAGGAGGAGUCAGGUCCACCCAGCACCAACGUAAAGCUGCGUUAUAAUGGUGAGAUCGUCUGGGACUCUCCAGCCAUCACAAAGAGCUCAUGUGUGGUUGACGUGUCUUACUUCCCCUUUGACUGGCAGCAGUGCAACCUCACCUUCGGGUCCUGGACCUACAACGGCAACCAGGUGGACAUCAGUUUGGCCAUGGACAGCGGAGACCUGUCUGACUUUGUGGAGAAUGUGGAGUGGGAGUGCCAUGGCAUGCCCGCAGUCAGGAACGUCAUGAUGUAUGGCUGCUGCGCCGAUCCUUACACCGAAAUCACCUACACCCUGCUCCUGAAGCGCCGCUCCUCUUUCUACAUCUUCAACCUGCUGCUGCCCUGCUUCCUCAUCUCCUUCCUCGCCCCGCUGGGUUUCUACCUGCCAGCCGACUCCGGGGAGAAGGUUUCCCUUGGGGUCACGGUGCUGCUGGCGCUCACGGUGUUCCAGUUGCUGGUGGCUGAGAGCAUGCCUCCUGCAGAGAGCAUGCCCUAUAUAGGGAAAUACUAUAUUGCCACCAUGACUAUGAUCACAGCUUCCACCUCUCUCACCAUCUUCAUCAUGAACAUUCAUUUCUGUGGUGCUGAGGCUAAGCCAGUCCCUCACUGGGCCAAGGUGCUCAUCAUUGACUACAUGUCUAAAAUCUUCUUCGUCUACGAGGUGGGGGAGAACUGCACCACACCAGAGAGCGAGAAGACCCCGCUGUACCCCGAGGAACCCAUGAGCGAUAAGGCCUGCUACCAAGACGACCGGUUUCAUGACGGCAUCUACCAUCACGACAGUGACAAGUACAAGUACAGCAAUGGCCACAGCGUUCACAAGCAUCACAAGAGCCAGGCCAACAGCACUGCCAACAGCAGGAAUCAUCAUUUUAACAACCAUAACAACUAUGCUUCCAGACUGGAGAGGGGUGAGGCAAAGCGAGAACCCACGCAGCGCUACCACCAUAUCAGGCGGGACGAACUGGACUACCAGGCCCCUCCUAAUCCACCGAACCUCCAGCACCUCAAUGGAGGGCUGAAGGAGCAGCUCCUGUAUCCAACAGAGAAAAUUCAAGUCCCAGCCUGCCCCUGCUGCUGCCCCUGCCUCCAGCAUAAACAGGUGGUGAAGAACAUCCAGUACAUCGCCAACUGCUUCCGCGAGCAGAGGGCCACGUGUGUCAAGGCAGCUGAGUGGAAGAAGGUCGCCAAGGUGAUGGAUAGGUUUUUCAUGUGGAUCUUCUUUGUCAUGGUCUUCCUCAUGAGCAUCCUCAUCAUCGCCAAGGCCUCCUGACCGACUCAUCUUUUCACCUUCACAACAGCAUUCAUCAUCCGUCACUGCUGAACCUGCAGCGUUCCUCCAGAGUCGCCCCAUUUCUACCUUUAACAUCAGAUAAAUCAAAAACUGUUUUGUCUACAAGGAGAUUGCAUUUGAUAUGUCAGUAUUGUGUUGUGUGUAUGUGUAUGUGUAUGUGUGUGUUUGUGUAGGUUAACUGUUGUCUUUUUUUCAUGCUUUGACUGGGUCACUGCACACAAAUCAUCCAUUUAAGCGCGUAGUUAGUUAAUGUCAGGUGUGCUUGCAUGUGUCACAGAGCAGUGGAGCGGUAAGACAAUCUAGGCCUCACCUAGAACAUGCAUGGAUUCUCCAUUAUUGAUGAGCUAACAGCCAGACAACCAGCUAUAGGCAUUACAUUACUUACAUUACAUCUUAAGCAACCAGAUGAUGCUGUUUUCCAGAGAUGGUUACAGUGAGAGCACCAGCAGAAUAAAUACUUAUGAAACAGCCUUGUGUAUCAAAUGCAUAGGGCACACACUCUACAGGCAGUAACUAAAUUGUGAAUCAGUUGUUGUGUGUGAGACUUCAAGUGAAAGGAUGAAUGUUUACUUUUCUUUAAAGAGAUCCCUCACUACCUCCAGAGAAUCAAGGGUGAAUAUUCUGUACCUGUGGGCUAACUUAGACUUUACUUAUUGGUUCAGUAAAUAAUAAACCUUUGAUAUCUUGUUAUUAAAACAGGUUUAACUCACUGUCCCAGCAGUUUGUGGUGUGUUACAAACCUGAUUUGUUAUAUAUGAUGUAUGUAUACAUUU